AUGAAAUCUCCACCAGCUUCGCGAUACAAUGUCGGCCAACUUUUAUUUAUUGGUUUGGUCUUCCACCUGGUCUACAUCGGCUCAGUCUUUGACUGUUACUUUACCAGUCCAGUGGUAAAAGGCAUGACGCCCGUUGCCGUACCACACAGCGAAGCGAAGAGGCUGGUCCUAAUAGUUGGUGACGGGCUACGAGCAGAUUUGCUCUUCUCUUUGAAUCCCUUCGAGGGUAUCCCCGAGGCACCGAAAGUGGUCGCGCCGUAUCUACGCGAGGUCGUGGAGAGCCGGGGUGCGUUUGGAAUAUCGCAUACUCGGGUACCAACAGAGAGCCGCCCGGGACAUGUUGCCAUCAUCGCUGGGAUGUAUGAGGACGUCUCAGCAGUCACGAAGGGAUGGAAAUCCAAUCCGGUCGACUUCGACUCUGUGUUCAACCAGUCUAGCACGACAUUCUCCUUUGGUUCACCCGAUAUACUUCCUAUGUUCGCCCGAGGGGCUGUCCCCGGGAGAGUACGUACUUGGUGCUAUGAUGAGGAGGAUGAAGACUUUACGAAGGAUGCUAGGGCGCUAGACGUCUGGGUUCUAGAGCAGCUGCAGACCUUGUUCCGCAACGCAUCAUCUGAUCCCAUCCUAGCUAAUCAACUCAAAGCAGACGGAACGGUUUUCUUCUUGCACCUGUUGGGCUUGGAUACCACUGGGCACUCUUAUCGCCCUCAUUCUAAAGAAUACAUGCAGAACAUCCAGGUGGUUGAUGAGAUCGUGGAACAAACUGAGAGGUUAUUCUCCGACUACUUUCGCGACGAUCAAACCAGCUUCAUAUUCACUGCCGACCACGGUAUGUCGGUGAUUGGCAACCACGGAGACGGACACCCAGAUAAUACACGAACGCCUCUCAUUGCAUGGGGCGCCGGAAUCCGUGGGCCAUUACCAGAUUCAUCGCCUUCAUCUCACGAUGAAUACUCUCAGCCUUGGGAGUUAAACAAUCUACUGCGAAGAGAUAUUGAGCAGGCGGACAUUGCUGCAUUGAUGACUUCAUUGCUCGGAACCCAAUGGCCCGUCAAUUCAGUCGGCGUCCUACCUGACACGGAUUCUAGUCGACCUGGAUAUCUUGCUCCACGCAAAGGAGAUGAGGCUAUUGCCCAAGCUUCCUUUGUCAAUGCCAAGGCUUUAAUGGAACAUUACCGCGUGAAACAUGAAAUGAAACGAGAACGGACUCUGUUUUACCGUCCAUUCAAGGCCCUUGAGGGAAGCGCGGGGAUGGCUGUUCCUCCCAAGGUUUCAAUGAUCCAAGCUAUUCAAGCGGCAAUAGAUGCACAAGAUUGGACAAGUGCUCGCAAGGAGUCUGUCAUUCUUAUCGAAACCGCGCUUGAGGGUCUUCGUUACCUUCAGACGUACGACCGCUUCCUCAUUCGUGCUAUUGUCACCGUUGCGUAUGUUGGAUGGGCCGCGUAUUCUUCAUUGUACAUAUUCCGGCCUCUCGAACAACUGAAGCCGGGGUCCUCACGAAUUCCAUCAUCGCCCAUUAACACCGCUCUCUCUCUUGCUGUUUUGCUCUCUUUUUGGACUGUGUUUGCUCUUCAGCGCUCUCCUUGGACCUUCUACCUAUAUGUCGCGUUUCCGUGUUACUUUUGGCACCAGUUUCUUGCUCAAGCUACCCGAAGCCAGCUUCCGCUUCUGCAGGGUUCCGGCCUCGCACGCCGUGUCAUCAGCGUGGUAUUGGUUGUUGGCGUGCUCCAGUGUAUGACGUUAGCGUACACCCAUAGGGAGAUAUGGAGUUUUGGUUUGGUGCUUAUAGGCGUUGUGUGGCCUCUCACAUCCUGGUCUUGGGACGUUCUGAAAGAUCGGCUGGGCCUUUACUUAGCUUGGAUGGUCUCGUGUUUGAUCACUGCUGUCUUUCCCAUGCUGCCGGUGGAUAAGAGCGAGAAUCUCUUCGCAAUAAUGUCGGGCGGUGUGUUGAUGAUUGCGUUUGGUUUGGUCUCGUGGUCUUGCUUUGCGCAAGGGACUGGGAGCAAACGUUUAUCGACUUUGUUGACGUCGCAGUUAAUGUUGAUAGCGCUGGCUAUGUGGGUGACGUAUGGUUCUGUGCUAUCCCUUCAAGCAAAGACGGGUCUUCCCGUGCUGAAUCAAUAUUUAGGAUGGAUGAUCCUAGUGACUUCGUCUAUCCUUCCGUUCAUCCACCGCGUUCAACUUCCUAACGCAGCCACAAAGACGACAAUUUAUGUUAUCGCCUUUGGCGCAUGCUUCAUCAUCCUCUCCAUCAGCAUAGAAGGACUGUUCUAUCUCGCGUAUACAGCGACGCUACAAAUCUGGAUUGAAGUCGAGGCCGCGUUGCGUCACGGCGGCGAGCAGGAACCUGAAACCCGGACUAGGAGCAAGAGCAAGUCAUAUGAGUUCCGACCAGAUGAUCUAAGAAUAGCACUUUUCUUCUUAUUCUUCGUCCAAAUCGCCUUCUUCGGGACCGGAAAUGUCGCAUCCAUAUCAUCGUUCUAUCUUGAACCGGUGUACCGACUGGUGCCAAUAUUCAGCCCAUUUCUAAUGGCUGCACUUCUCAUUUUCAAAAUCGUCGCUCCUUAUGUGAUCCUAUCUAUAUCAUUCUCCACUCUGAACGCGCGACUUCAUUUACCACCUUUCUCACUCUUCCUAGUUGCAUUGACUUUGACAGAUGGGAUGACCUUGACAUUCUUCUAUAAGGUAUCCGACACAGGAUCAUGGUUGGAGAUCGGACAAUCCAUCAGCUUCUUCUGUAUAACGUCACUCCUGCUGCUUUGGUCGGCAGGGAUUUGUGCGGCAGGAGAAUAUUUGAUGUCGGACGUACUCUCACCUGAACGGGCAAAAGUAGAGUGA